CACUACGCGUAGAUUUUAUCAUCUACACAAUUUCUGUACACACGACAGCUACUCGUUCACAUCCAAGUUCUCGAUUCGCCAAUUACUGUAUUUCUUUAUAUAGUGGGGCCUUCUCUGCUUCUUAUUCUCAAUGCUUCGUUCUUCAACUAGCAUCCUCUCUCUAAGAAGUCUUAGCGUAGCAUCCUCAUCUGCUUUUCUUCUUUUGGAAAAGCAAUCAUCUUUCAAUUUCGAUCAAACCCUUUUGCGUUUUCUUCGCAAUUUAUCGGUUCCUUUGGUUUCUCAGUCUAUCACAACAGGAGAUUCAAGGCCUGCGUUGUGUUCUUUGAGAUUUGAUCAUACCAUGGCUAGCCAAUCCGAACCUAAAUCAGUCUAUGACUUCACUGUUAAGGAUGCUAGGGGAAACGAUGUUGAUCUCAGCACUUACAAGGGGAAGGUUCUCUUGAUUGUUAAUGUUGCUUCACAAUGUGGCUUGACAAAUUCGAACUACACUGAGCUGACUCAGUUAUACCAGAAAUAUAAGGAUCAAGGCUUGGAGAUUCUGGCUUUCCCCUGUAAUCAGUUUGGAUCUCAGGAGCCAGGUACCAAUGAACAGAUUGUGGAGUUUGCUUGUACUCGUUUCAAGGCUGAGUAUCCAAUAUUUGACAAGGUUGAUGUGAAUGGAAACAACGCUGCUCCUCUUUACAAAUUCUUGAAGUCUAGCAAAGGUGGAAUUUUUGGGGACAACAUCAAGUGGAAUUUUUCCAAGUUUCUGGUUGAUAAAGAUGGCAAUGUUGUUGACCGUUAUGCCCCCACUACGUCCCCUCUCAGCAUCGAGAAGGAUGUGAAGAAACUGCUGGGGGUUGCAUGAGUGCGCAAGGCAGGCCUAAUUAAAUUAUGGGAGAUAAGUGAGGAUAUCACUAUGAAUAAGCACCAUGAAGGGAUGUACUUUAUAGGAUCUUUUUCCCUUCUAAAAUCAUGUUAAGAUGUGCAUUGAAGUUGAUCCUUUGUACUUUCUGUACUCUUUCAUGAUUUCUUUUUCUUUUGGUUGGAAUCUGAGUGAUUUAAUAUUUAGAUUUUCUAAGGUAUCAUGUUUUGAUUAAAACGUAUCUUUUU